GAAAAGCUGAGGAGGGGACUCGAUCGGGGGCCGGAGACCGACGGCAACGGCGGCCCGGGACCCACGCUGCCCCCACCCCUCCCGAGCAGGCGCCCCCCAUGGCCCGACCCCGCUGAUUCCUACACUCGGCCAUGCUCCCGCGGCCCCUGAGGCUGCUUUUGGACACAAGCCCCCCCGGGGGAGUCGUGCUCAGCAGCUUCCGGAGCCGAGACCCCGAAGAGGGUGGGGACCCAGGUGGCCGGGCCGUGGGCGGGGGGCAGGCUGAAGAGGAGGAGGAGGAAGAAGAAGAGGCCCCCGUGUCUGUCUGGGAAGAGGAGGAAGAUGGGGCCACCUUCACUGUCACAAGCCGCCAAUAUCGGCCUCCAGAUCCCUCGGUCCCUCUACCUCCCCCACGUUCCUCCCGACGCCUCCGAGCUGGCACCCUGGUGGCCUUGGUCAGACACCUGCUGGACCCCCAGACGUCCGGGGCUGACGUGACGUUCGUGUCAACCUUACUGGCCACCCACCGGGCCUUUACCUCCACGUCUGCCCUGCUCGGGCUUGUGGCUGACAGACUGGAAGCCCUCGAGUCUCCUCCUGCUGAUGAACUAGAGAGGACAACAGGGGUAGCCAUCUCUGUGCUGUCAACCUGGCUGGCCUCUCACCCUGAGGAUUUUGGCUCUGAGGUCAAGGGUCAACUUGACCGGCUUGAGAGCUUCUUGCUCCGCACAGGGUAUGCGGCCGGGGAGGGUGUUGGGGGGGGCACUGCUGACCUCCUCCGCAACCUCCGCUCCCGGGUGGACUCCCAGGCCCCCGACCUUCCCAAGCCCCUGGCCCUCCCCGGCGACCCCCCUGCUGACCCUACGGAUGUCCUGGUGUUCCUCGCUGACCACUUGGCCGAGCAGCUGACCCUGCUAGACGCGGAGCUAUUUCUCAAUCUGGUCCCCUCUCAGUGCCUGGGGGGCCUGUGGGGUCACAGAGACCGACCAGGACAUGCGCACCUCUGCCCAUCUGUCCGAGCCACUGUCACACAGUUCAACAAGGUGGCAGGGGCAGUGGUCAGCUCUGUCCUGGGGGCCACCUCGACUGGGGAAGGGCCUGGGGAGGUGACCGUGCGGCCCCUCCGCCCCACUCAGAGGGCCCGACUCUUGGAGAAGUGGAUUCGCGUGGCAGAGGAGUGCCGGCUGCUCCGGAACUUCUCCUCGGUGUACGCCGUCGUGUCGGCCCUGCAGUCCAGCCCCAUCCACCGGCUCCGGGCGGCCUGGGGGGAAGCUGCCAGGGAUAGCCUCCGAGUCUUUUCCAGCCUCUGCCACAUCUUUUCUGAGGAAAACAAUUACUCUCAGAGCAGGGGCCUGCUGGCGCAGGAGGUGAAGCUGCAGGCCCCUCUUGAGCCACACUCCAAGAAGACCCCAAGACCUGGCUCCCGGGGUGGGGGUGUGGUCCCUUAUCUCGGCACCUUCCUUAAAGACCUGGUGAUGUUGGAUGCAGCUUCCAAGGAUGAGCUGGAGAAUGGAUACAUUAACUUUGACAAGCGGAGAAAGGAGUUUGCUGUGCUUUCUGAGUUGCGGAGGCUGCAGAAUGAGUGUCGUGGCUAUGACCUGCGACCUGACCCGGACAUCCAGCAGUGGCUACAAGGGCUCCGGCCGCUGACAGAGGCCCAGAGUCACCGUGUGUCCUGUGAGGUGGAGCCACCGGGUACCAGUGACUCUCCUGCCCCAAGAGUGCUCCGGCCAGCACUGGUCAUCUCCCAGUGGACAGAGGUCCUGGGCUCUGUUGGGGGUCCCACCCCACUUGUGUCCUGGGACAGGCCCAGUAUCGGGGCCGAGGAAGCACCUGGCACCCCUGCUCCUCUGCUGAGCCGCCUGGCUCAGCACAUGAAGUGGCCAUCUGUCUCCUCUCUGGACUCCGCCUUGGAAAGCAGUCCGUCUCUGCACAGCCCAGCUGACUCCAGCCACCUCUCUCCACCAGCCUCCUCUCCCAGGCCUUCUCGUGGUCAUCGGCGCUCAGCUUCCUGUGGCUCCCCACUGAGUGGGGGUGCAGAAGGGGCCCCUAGAGGGCCUGGCAGUGGGGCAGGGGGAUCUGGGCCCGGAGCCUCUGACUGCCGGAUCAUCCGAGUCCAGAUGGAGCUGGGGGAAGAUGGCAGUGUCUACAAGAGCAUCCUGGUGACGAGCCAGGACAAGGCUCCAAGUGUCAUCAGUCGUGUCCUUAAGAAAAACCAUUGUGAUCACGCCGUGGCGUCAGAGUACGAGCUGGUUCAGCUGCUUCCAGGGGAGCGAGAGCUGACCAUCCCGCCCUCGGCGAAUGUCUUCUACGCCAUGGACGGAGCCUCUCACGACUUCCUCCUGCGGCAGCGGCGAAAGCCUUCUAAUGCCACCAUGGGCUCUGCCAGUGGUCCCUCAGCCUCCGGGACACCCCCCAGUGAAGGAGGUGGGGGCUCUUUCCCCAGGAUCAAAGCCACAGGGAGGAAGAUUGCACGGGCACUGUUCUGAAGAGGAUACCUGUCAGGAGGAGGAGUCAUGGUGCUCAGAGAUGUGGUAGCCACGCCGCGAGGUGGCCACCGAGCCGCACUGGGACAGAACCUCAGAAUGGUGGUCAGCUGCUCUGGGGCAGUGAAGUGCCGCUGGUUUACCAGUCCUGUGGGAGCUGGUCAUCUCGCAACCAAGCUGGGCCCCUGUGUAGAGCUCCCUACCUCCCGUGAACGUGGCGCAUGAUGAGCCAUGGGAAGAGGCACUGGUUCUAACUCCUGGCCACACCACAACACCUGACAGAUCAAGGCAAGGCCUAGAAACAGAUGGGGGAGGAGGCCAGGAAGGGAAAGCCAAGAAGCUCCAAGUCCCAGGGCACACCGGGAUGGCAAGUGGGUUCCAGUGGGAGUCUUUUCUUCACAGGGGCUCCUGUCACUGUGACAACACUAAUAAACCAAACACUACCUGGACUCUU